AAAGCCGUCGCUUUUGGCAGCGCAGGUGCUUAACGGAGAGCACGAUAAUACGCUAGAGUUGCCCUAUGUGGAUGACCAAGACGAGGAUGAGGCUGAGAAUGAGGAUGAGGAACAGUUGCAGCUGCUCAAGUCCGAUCCAGAGGCGCGGCUAACACGUAAGCCAUCGCUGGGGCAGCGACGCAACGUGGACUUGCCACAUCUGCUUGUGAUCAAUGAACUGCCAACUGAGUCGGAGAUCGUAUCGCUGGAUUCAACAACCUCAACUCCUACAACACCUCCGCCAAUGUCAAUGGCCGGCGAACGGAAUCGGGAACACUUUGGUCCCGGACUGCGGCGUAAUUCCAUCUCGCUGCCAUCGGGUAUCAAUUCGCUCGACUUGGAGGCACUGCGUCUGCGGCAUCAGAUGCAGGCACAGGAGGCGCUGCAUGAGGAGAGUCAAACGGAAAGUAUUGUCGAUGAUAUCUCGGCCUCGAGUGUUGGCACGCCCACAGCGGUUACAGUGAUUCCGGAUACAGUCAAUACUAAUGGCGAAGAUAAUGGCAAGGAUGACGAUGACAGCAGUGAUGAGUUCGGCAAUGCCAAGAAGCCUGUCUAUCGCGAUCGCUUUCGCAGCCGAAGACGCGCCUCCAUCGCCCCUCUGCCCGCCCUGAGGCUCAACAGCAAGGAGAUGUUGGCCAGCGACUUUGACACCCACAGCGUGGCAAGCAACCAGGCCUCAAUAACGAGUGUUAACUCCUUGGCCAGCUUGCUGCGCGAGAAGAUGCAGGCCUUUCCACAGAUGAUACGCAAGAAGAAGCGCGAGACUAAAGACUACAAAAUAAAGAUUUUUGUGAUCAUGAUGUUCUUCAUCAUCAUCUUUCUGAUCGGCUACGCGUACAUUGCUUACCAUCAGCAGGUGCUGACAAAGAGCUAUUUCCAAAAGAUCAAGUUCAACUCGAAGGAUCGCAUCUUUCGUAUACUGAGCCACGACGAUAAGGAGGUGAUCCAUGGUCAUUUGGGUGUCACACUGGGCAGCGAUUCGGCGCCAUUUCACUGCCUCGAGGAUCAUCGUCGCAACGAUGGAAGCGUGUGCAUCGAAUGGAAUGGAAUCGCCCGUCUUCAUAUGAACUUUGAGGAUAAAAAGGUCUUUCGAUGUUAUACGCUGCAGUGGCAAGCGCUGACACCCGGACUGUUGCCCACGGAUUGCUACGAGCUGAAGCGGGACAAUGGACUGUGGUUUGGUGGUGGCAUUACCAAGGGACAGGAGUGGUCACUCAGCUAUGCCAACUUUGAUUUCAUGCCCUAUGCCAGCGGUGAUAACAAGGUCCAUCAGUUUGGCAAUGCCGUCAAGCGGUAUUUCAUCAAUUCCAUUGGCGUGGCCAUGCAGGUCAGCGAGCGUACGCCUCUCCAGCUGGGCAUCAACCGCACCGAGAAUCAAUUCUGCCUGCGAGCGGCCAACGAUGACUUCACCUUUGUGAAUCGCCUGACGCCGCUGCCACAGCUGGACUAUAAGAUCUGUACGACGGAGGAUAUGCGGAGUCUGCAUAUGCUGAUGACACAGCAGAGCCUGUGGGAUGGCCUCACCGAGCAGGACAUUGGUGAGCUGCACUCGCUGCUGGAGGAGCCGGUGUGGCAGAUGCCCAACCAGGAGAAUCGCGACUCUCUCAACGAAUCGAUCAUCUGUGAUUACUCGGAGAAUGCAAUUGCCAUGGGACUGGGACACAUUGUGAUCAAUGAGUUCUGGCAGGAGAAUAUCGGUGAUUUCACCGUUGAUCGUGCACGCUUUCCCACUCUCCGGGACACCAUCGAUGUGCUGCACAGACGUGGCUUUAAGGUCGUCUUCACCAUUCAGCCCUUCAUCAGUACGGAUAGCAUCAACUUUAAGGAUGCGGUUGCCCGCAAGCUGCUCAUCUAUGAGCGUUACUCGGAGCGCAGCAUUCCGGCACUGACCCGAUAUAAGAGUAGCUCCAGUGCCGGUGUGUUGGACAUUACCAACAAUGCAUCUGUGCCCUGGUUGAUUGAGAAGCUGCAGCGGCUAAAGGAUGAGUAUGGCGUCAAGAGUUUCUAUCUGGAUCUCGGUACCGGCUACAAUCUGCCGCAUUAUUAUCAAUGCCGCAAGCCACUGGACAAUCCGGACAUGUAUGCCCGCAUGCUGACCAGCAGCCUCGAGAGCGUCGGUCUCAUGGCCGUAUCCACGGCCAGUGUGGUGCCCAAGCCACCGACAUUCCUCAGCACACCGCCGGCAAAUGGCACCUGGGAGGGAUUACGGGAUACAUUGGCCGCAGUGCUCAACUAUGGCGUCAUUGGAUAUCCAUUUGUGCUGCCCGGUGCCAUUGGUGGCGACUAUCUGCUCCAGCGUCCGCUCACCAAAAUGAUAUCGUUCUACUCGCUGGGACAGCCACCGCUUCCAGAUCCCGAGCUGUUCAUCCGUUGGCUUCAGCUCGCCACGUUUCUGCCCGCCAUGCAGUUCAGCCAUUUGCCGGAUGAAUAUCACAGCGAACUGGUCACCCGUGUUGCCCAGGAGCUGAAGGAGGUGCGUCAGACGGUGGUCAUAGCACUGCUCAAGAAAUAUCUCAGUCCAUCCAUGAACGAGGGAUUGCCACUGGUGCGUCCACUCUGGAUGCUCGAUCCACAUGAUCCCGCCUGUCUCAUAGUCAGCGAUGAGUUCUCCGUUGGCGAGGAGCUAAUUGUGGCGCCCAUUCUCGAUGCGGGUCGCGAGGAACGCGAAGUUUACCUGCCGCAGGGUGUGUGGAAGGAUGGCAUCGAUGGAUCCUUGCGCAAGGGCAGCCGCUGGAUGCAUGCAUAUCGUGUGCCCAAGGAUAAAAUCGCCUACUUCCGCAAAAUGCCGGACAACACGCGAUUCUAAUUGAUCUAGUUUCACAUUCAAAACUAGCUCACACUCAUAAGGCCAUCAUAUAACUGUGUAUUACUAUUAUUAUUAUUAUUCACUUACUAUAUUUUCAAAAAAAACAUACAAUACACUUUCGAUCAUAGAUAAUACUACUAUACGUACAUCAUUCAAACAUAAGAAUGCCUAAUAUCUAGGCUUACAUUCUACAAUUUAUUUUUUCUUUUCUCAUUAAUUAAUCCUAUAUUAACUUUUUUCUAUAUAUAUAAAUAUUUCUUUUUUUUUGUAUUAAAUUAAGUACAAUUUGUUAUGCCCUGCAUGCAUUAGGAUCGAAUUAUAUAUAUAUAAAGUGUAUAUUGGUAGGCACGAUACGCUGAAACUGUUCCCAAAGUUACUUAUCUAGAAUAUUUAGCUUGCGAAAACUAAAAAGAAAUACAUUAAUUGUUGAUUAUAAACAUAAUAAAAAGUAUAUAAAUUUUUUAA